AUGCCGCCUAGCGCACAGGAUGGUAGACGCGCGUCUGCGACGUCCGGAGAACACAAGCCUUCGGAAUCGUACGGCAACGUCGACGACUCGCUGGCACCUACGACAAAUCUAUCUCCGCAGUAUGGCUCAACAUUUCCUCCUAGGGACGGGCGGUGCCAUUCGGACUUUCGUACAUCUACCGCUUCCCAGGCCGCUUACGAUGUUCCGGACACCUACGCCAACCUGGAUGAAGCGGCAGGUGUAUGGCCCGUGCAGAAUCCACAUGAGCAGCCCACCUAUCGCUUUCGAUCGCUAGAGCAAGUGAGGAGCCAGGAGCAGGACAGACGUCGGUCUCUCGCUGGGGGCCGUCCGCUGGAGGACGAGAAGCCACAGGGGGUCAGAUUCGAGGUCUCCCGGCUCCUAACACAACUCUACACCGUUUCCUAUCUCAUUUUCUUCUCCAUCCUCGGCACACUCGCCCGGCUCGGCUUGCAAGCCCUCACCAACUACCCGGGCACUCCCAUCGGCUUCUCCUCCAUCUGGCCCAACUUCGCCGGCAGUCUGGUCAUGGGCUUCCUGGCCGAAGACCGCAAAGCCCAGGCGGCGGCCGUGAAGAAGACCAUCCCGCUCUAUAUCGGCCUCGCCACCGGCUUCUGCGGCUCCUUCACCUCCUUCUCGGCCUUCAUCCGCGACAUGUUUCUCGCGCUAUCCAACGACCUGGACAACACUGCCGCGAGAAACGGUGGCUACUCCUUCCUCACCCUGCUCGCCGUGCCGAUCGUCACCGUCUCGCUCUCUCUUGGCGCCCUCGUGCUCGGCGCCCACCUGGCCAUCGCCCUCGCCCCGCUGACGCCGUCGCUGCCGCGCCGCCUGCGCGCCACGCUCGACAAGGCGGCCGUCUUCCUCGGAUGGGGCUGCUGGCUAGGCGCCGUGCUCCUGUCCAUCUUCCCUCCUCCAAGCGGCGGCGGCCAUGCCGACUGGCGCGGCAAGGUCACUUUCGCGCUGGUCUUUGCGCCCCCUGGCUGCCUGGUCCGGUUCUAUGCCAGUCUGAAGCUGAAUGGGCGCGUCGCUGCCUUCCCUGUGGGCACGUUCGUGGUGAACCUGGCCGGGACGGGCGUGCUGGCGAUGGCGUGGGAUCUAGCGCACUCAGGCGGGGCUGCUGCUGCUGGCCAAGGAUUGAUCGGCUGCCAGGUGCUGGCGGGCGUUCAGGACGGGUUCUGUGGGUGCUUGACUACGGUGUCGACUUGGGUUGGGGAGCUAGCGGCGCUAAGGAGGAGGCAUGCCUAUGUAUAUGGAGGCGCGAGUGUCUUGGGCGGGUUUGCGGUGGUGGUUGCGAUCAUGGGAGGGCUGAGAUGGAGUGAGAGUUAUGAAUGGGGAGCUUGUGGAUAACAGGACGUCUGUCAACUCACUCAAUUGAGACCGCCCAGCAGCUGAGCGGCGCGAAACUAGAUCUUGUCUGUGAAACCAACAAUUACGUAUUAAUGACGCCGUACUAGGACCAAGAUACCUAGCAGUCUAACGAACAAAUUCAAACAGCAAGGGGAUUUUGAUUAUAAGACCUAG